UUGUUCUUGGGUCGAAUGACCCAAAACCCGUUUAGUUUCGACCCACCCAAGCCCAAUACCCUCCCAUUCCUCUCCUCUGUUUCACUAAAAAGACCUUCUCCCUCUGCUUCGUUCUUUCUCCCGCCACCACAGCUAACAGUGGUGCUGCUAGAAUUGAGAAUUGAAGAAUGGACGACAGCAUGAAGCAAUUCCAGAAAAUCUUAAUUGAGCAUGAGACUCAAGCUGAGCAACUCUUUCUAGCCAAACACCAGCUGGUUGAAAAUGAUAGGGUGAGGAAUGGGAACAGAGAAGCACUUACAUCUUUGAGGAAGAUAGCUCGAACAACGAAAACUAGUGUUCCAUCUCCUUUUGAGUCGAUGAUGAAGGAGAUUGGGGGAGCUCAAUCAAGACCCCUGGUGAAGGAGGUUUGCCCCACCUGUGGCAACCAUGACUCAAAUGAGCGCACAUGGAUGAUGUUCCCUGGAACUGAUGUCUUUGCUAGGAUUCCAUUUCAUGCUGCCCAUACCAUCUUGGAGAAAGAUCAAGAACAACUCGACUUUGAUUCCAGAAGGCUACAGAGCACUAUGAAGGAGAAAUCUCUUGUGCUUUCAGAAACAGGUGCCCUUGCUGACAAGAUCUGUCCUGGUGUGCUAAAAUCCUUGGUAACCCUCACAGACAAACCUAAGUGAGUUCGCUCAGCUUGAUGGUAUCAUCCACUUUCAGUUUACCCUCAUCCACUCCAAUUGCACCCCAAGGCGAAAGGAACAAAAAAUUUCUCCCCAACAGCAUCAGUAGCAUAGCUUUUGUAGAUUAGUGUUGUAUUUUUUCAAGUCUUUGCUACUCCUACUGCACCUAAUGUCAGCAUUCACCUAAGAUGGGGAUUAAAUAUAAUGGAAAUGGCAGAUAUUGUCACAUACUUGGUGUAUGUGGCAGUUUGAAAACUUUGAAUACCUCUUUUGAGUUUUGACACUUUGUGGCAUUGGAAAAUUAGAUGUUAUAACUUUCUUCCA